AUGGGGAACAGGCGAGAGAGACGGGGACGCCGUCGUAGAAACCCUAGGCACCGCAAAAACCAACGAAGAAGAGGUGCAGAUUUCAUCAGCUCUAUGCCAGAUGAGAUGCUCCACCAUAUCAUAUCAUUUAUCCCCACCGAUUUGGCCAUGAGAACUUCCGUCUUGUCCAAGCGAUGGAGGCAUGUAUGGCGCGAGACACCCUCUCUCAACAUCAGUGAGUUUCAACUCAGGGCUGAAGGGAUAAACCAAACCCUAGCUUCCUACACGGCUCCCAAAAUCAAGAGUUUCAGUCUUCGCAGGAGCCUUGAUAACGCUGGACCCCAGAUUGAUAGCUGGAUCGAGUUCGCUAUCUCCCGCAACGUGGAGGAACUGUCUGUGAGCAUCCUUGAUUUUCAAUUCCGCAAGAGUUUCAGUUUUCCGGAUUUCUUCUACCUCAGUUCUUCUGUAAAGCAACUCAUCUUGCAACUGGACUAUUGUGAUAUGAUUCCCAGAUGCACAGUGUCUUGGAAAUCCCUGAGGAACUUGUCACUAAGGAGAUGUGAACUUGGAGAUGAAUCUUUUGCUAAUAUUCUCUCUGGCUGUCCAGUUCUCGAAAGCUUGAGAUUUUUUGAAUGCCGUUUCCUUGAGCGUCUUCGUCUUGAUCUGAGUAAAUCACUGAGUCUGAGGAUAUUGGAGAUAGAUCGUGUAUCUUCAGGACCGAUUGAGAUUGUAGCGCCACACAUCCAUUAUCUGAGAUUGAGAGUAUUCUCUGACAGACAAUGCACUCUAGUGAAUGUCUCCUCUUUAACCGAAGCAAACCUUGACAUUAUACGCUGUCGCUCUGAGGGUGAUCUUUUUCAAACCAUGGCGCUAGAGAUGCUAGCAAAAGCGCACAGCGUAGACAGGCUCACUCUUGGGACAUUCCUUCUUCAGGGUCUAACCCUCGCCGAGCUCCGUGGUGUUGCUUUCCCAACACUCAAGGCCCAAACUUUGAUUGUUGAAACGGAGUUUGCUCGAGCUGUUAUUCCUGGUAUACAAAGUUUACUACGUAAUUCACCUAAGUUGAAGAAGCUAGCAGUGCACACCGAUAUGCGUCUUGACAAAAUUUCGGAUUCACAAGGACUGAAUCCGGAUAGAUGGUGUAGAUCAACAUAUGAGGUCUUUCCCACCACAAAGGAGAUCUGGUCGAUGUUGGGUUGUAAUGAUGCAACGUCGAAACUCUUGGCUUCGGUCAUGGAAUUGGUGCUGAGAAACGCCAAGACACUCGAGACGAUGGUUUUAUGGUUGGGAGGUGUUUACUUUAAGGAUGCACAACGGUUUAAAAAGCUGCUACGGAUGGUUGCAACACUUUCGCGCAAGAAUAAUGUCUCCAUUGUGCUUAAACGAAGCAAUUCCUAA